AAUUUUCUUUUAUAUCACAGAGAUGGUUUGAAGCUUGAAACUGAAUUAUUGGAUGGAAGAACAAAGCUAAUACUGUCUCCAUAUGAGCAUAAAUCAAAAGUUUCUGUGAAGAUGGGAAAUAAGAUGAAGAUUGAAAAAUGUCCUUUAAGAAUAAAACAGACUGGACACGUUCUAAAAUCAACACAGAAUUCUUACAUUGGGAAUGAAAACAGUUUUCAAAAGAAGAUAAUUAGCUCAGAAACUUCACAGGCAAAACCUGAGAAAAGUAGAUUGACAUUUUCACCUUCUAAGGAUCUAUGUCAGCAGCAUGCAGAAAAAGACUGUCUUCAUUUCCAAAAACAGUCUUUACUCGCAACCUCUAAUAUACAGAAGACUAUAAACACCACAGUGGCUAAACAGAAGUCUUGCAAAACACACACCACUGAAAACAUGAACAGCAGCAUGGUGUGUCUAACACAAGAUCAACUACGGCAGAUUCUGAUGAGUGUAAACCAAAGAAAUGGAUCUAUGCCCCUAACUGAAAAUGGAAAGGAGGAGGAAACAAGUCAAGAUAGUUUACAUUUAAUCAAUAUUGCUAGCCCACUAAAGGAUGUGAAUGUGCAGAAAACAGAGGCUGUUUCAUCUGUCUCAAAUGGAAAUAACUAUGUCUUCAGUAGAACUCAAGAAGCUUUUCCACAGUGUGAGCAGAAAAUUGCCAUGGAGAAUGAGUGGAAACCAGCUGAUAUAUUCAGUACUCUGGGGGAACGGGAACGCGACAGAAGUUUGUUGGAAGCAAGAAGAGCCCAGUGGAAAAAAGAGCUAGAUGAACAGGUUGCUUUAAAGAAGAAAGAGAAAGAAGCUUCUCAAAAAUGGAAUAAUCCUUGGAAAAAAUCUGAAAUAGUAUGUGAGAAACUUCAAAUCCUUGACCAAUCUAAGGAAGCAGGACUGCCAGAGUAUCCUUGCAGCACUGUCAAACAGGAGCAGCAAAGAAAAUGGAUUGAAGACUUGAGUAAACAAGUAGAAGAUGACCAGCAAAGGAAAACAGAGGAAAAAAUGAUAUAUUCAAAGGGUGAGGAACAUGACAGAUGGGCAAUCCAUUUUGAUUCCUUAAAGAGUCUUCCUGGGUCUCAGUCUCGGCUGUCCUGUCAGUUAACACACCAACACCCGGAGUCGUUUUGUGUCUCUCCUGACACUCAGGAGCUGGCUGAUGUCAGCAGCAUUUACACACCUCCGCCUGCCAUCCAGGUGGAACCUUCAGAGGAGGAACAGAGAGCCAAGCCUGUUCCAGACAUGGCUGUAUCACACAGUCAGAAAACAAACUUUCUCCGUUCUAUGACUGCACUCUUAGACCCAGCACAGAUUGAGGAGCGGGAAAGACGCCGGUACAAACAAUUAGAACAUCAGAAAGCAAUCAUGGCUCAGGUAGAAGAGAACCGCAGGAAGAAGCAGCUGGAAGAAGAACAAAGAAAGAAGGAAGAACAGGAAGAGGAGCAGCGCUUGGCUCGGGAACGGGAAGAGAUGCAGAGGCAAUAUGAAGAAGACAUUCUUAAGCAGAAACAGAAAGAAGAAAUGAUGACUCUAAAGACAAAUGAGCUAUUCCACACAAUGCAGCGAGCUCAGGAGUUGGCACAGAGACUGAAACAAGAGCAGAGGAUCCGAGAACUGACUCAGAAAGGCCAUGAUGCCUCCAGGCUGAUUAAAAAUCUUGGCUCACAAAUGGAUUAUAAGGCAUCCACUAACAUUUCCAGUUCAAGAAGUGAUGCUGAGGAAGCUGCUGAUGAAACAAGUGCAGCUGCUAUUUCCGCAGCCUCUCCCAAGAAGGACGCUGGAGUUCAGACAGAUGAUUUAAAUUUAGGAAUUUUCAAUGAUGCACUACCAUGCUGUGGAUCACUAACAGAGAGGGACAUUAGAAACUCUUCUCUAGAGAUUUCUGCAGAAUUUAAUGGACAGAUCAGCACUAAAAAAGACAAGCAAGAACUAAGUAUGGAUAAAGGCACUAAUUUAGACAAAGAAAACAGCUGGCAUAAUAACCAGUGUAAUCAGUAUCGAAGACCAGAGAAACAGAAACUUAUGAAGAAAUGUCCUAAAAGGCCUGCUUGGAAUAUAAAUAAGCCUCUCAAAAGAUAUGUUCCUGCAUCAGCAAAGUACCCUGUCCAUCUCCAGAGGGAGAAAGAAGAAAAAAAGGUAAGAAGGCAGAUGGAGCUGCUUCACCUAAUAGAAAAAAACAACCGUGAGAACCUCUCCCAAAAUAGACACACUUCACCAGAAGUUGCUUCAUCUCAUCGAGAAACUGAGUCAGACAUCAGGUUGCAUCUAAGCAAAAAGGUAGAAGAACCUCUGAAAACUCCUUCAGUCAUUAAAGAAUGGCUUCAGUCAUCACCAGCAGUAAACAGUAGAACUCAACAAACUCAGACUAAUUCAUUACACUUACCAUUAAAAAAUAGUGACUUUGAAAAAGAGAGUCUGACCUUAGGAGAUGGUCAAACAAAAUUAUCAGAUGACAUGUCUGAGAUACCUCAUUUUAUUCCCUACGUUCGAACAAAUGAGAUCUAUUAUCUUGAUCCGGAUGCACCCUUGUCUAGGCCUCAAACCCAGGACUACCAAUACCAAAAAUCUCGUGAUUGUGACCAGCAAGAGCUAUUUGACUCUGACCAUACCAGGGAUCCACUUCUUAAUCCUAAAUUGGUGAAAAACAGGGAUCGACAGCAAGCUAUCCUUAAGGGGCUUUCAGAACUAAGACAGGGUCUUCUCCAGAAACAAAAGGAGUUGGAAACGAAUCUCAUACCCUUAACUGCAAACCAAGAAGAUAAUUUUAGUUCUUCAUUUUAAAUAUGCUAACCACUCAACUGCGUUUUUCAAGCACCCAAUGACAAACUUCAUGUGUAGAAAAAUGCUGUAUUUUUUUAUAUAUAAUAAAACGGUUUACAGUUAGAAAAAAAAUCUCUGUCAUACUAGGGUGUAAAAGUACUUUCUACUUACCAUAACAGAGUCUGGAGAUCCCUGAUCUGUUAACAGUGUUGCUAAUUUGUUCUGUAAGAAUUUCACUGAGCUAGACUCUUUAAUGAAACAACUCAAAUUCAUUUUAGAAUCCUGUGGUUUUUCUUUUCUGUAAAUUUUGUUUUCAUUGUAUUAAAAGUGGAGAUGCCCCAGUUUUCACAAUAUUGAAGAUAACAGUAACAGUAAGCAACAGAUAUAAGUUAUAUAAGGGCUUAAAAUUUAUCUCCACCAUAGUUUUUGUAUUGAUUUAAUAUAGCACUAAAGUGCCUAACUAGUUCUUAAUUUAGACCACCUCAAAGACCUAUUUCAAAUUAUCUAAUGCCAGUGAAAACCAAAGCCCCAUUUUUAAAAGUUCAUUUGAUUGACUAUAGGAUCACACAAAACGGUAUUUAUCAAGGAUUUCAAAAGGCUGACCAAAAUUUAAGUGAAGUUAAAUUUUUACAUAGUUAAACCUAAAGAUUGAAAAAAUUCGACUUGGUAUUAUGGACAUAGGUUUACUACCUAAAAUGCAACUGCACUGUAGGUAUAGCUUGAGGUAUUGAGCCAAAAUCCUGUAAAUAUUGACACUGCUGGCUUAUACCUGUGUAAAAACACUAUACAAAAAGCUUUAAUCAAAAUAAAUAACUGACAUUUCAGCAAAUUUAGUUAUCAUCUGACAUUAAAGAAAGUCAUUACUAUUUACCAUUCUUUUAUAAACAUCAAAUUUUACAUAUAAAACAGACUUCAAUUUGAAGCCCAAGUACAGGUAACAUAAAACUGAAAGGUGCCAACAUGAGUUAAUCUGAUUACAGUAUGUCCAAAAAAUAUAUUUACUUUAAUUUUCCGAUGUGACAUAUGGUACAGACCACCAUGAUUUAUAAGUGGGGGUAAAAAAAAAGACAUUAGGAAACUUGUUUUUAAAUCAUCAAUUCACUUUUAAGAAACUAAAAAAGUCCACGACAACCUUAUUUUUUUUCUUUUUUUGAGUCAUUGUAAUUUUAUCUUUGGACACAUCCUUAACUUAAUGGAGAUUUCUCUCUAUCUGAGGUUUUGUAAACGGAAAAAAAGUAAUUUUCAUUUUCUUGAGACUGAGUUGAUGAAAGGGUAUAUGGUGUCCCCAGAAACGUCUGAUGAGUGAGAACAUUAAAAUGACUAAACUGA